AGCUAGCAAAAAGAGGUUUGAGGGGAGUAAUGCUACAACAUUGCCAUUUUCUCUAAACAAAAGAAACAAGUGGGAUUCAUAAAAGGGGAAAAAAAAACAUUGAACGUUAAAACAAAAAGAAAAGGAAGCGUAAGUUAAAUAAACAAACACAAGUAACUGAAAAUAAGUUUAUUUAGGCGACACAAAAAUUUACCAUUGAAGUGUACGAUGUUCAAUAAUAAUAGCUCUUUAAAACCCUUCAUAAAAACCAUAAUUUAUAAAAUUGUGGUGAUUUUGAUAAGAUCACAAUUCAGUAAGCUCCACUGAUUCUGAAUCUGCAAGGAUGCGCCAGGAUGUGCAACGCCCUCUCCGCCGCCCACUCCACUUGUUUCUUGCUUUCCUGCCUGUUGACUGAGAACUCUUUGCAUUUGUUGAACAACAAUUUCCGGCACGAGCCGAAGAGCCGAAUGGCCGAGCGAGGCGAGGCUCAACUGGUGAGGCUUCCACCGAUUCGGGACGAAGGAUAAAGGACGAACCUCGGCUGCUAUAAGAAGCGGCUUCCGUCGGACGAAGCCCGGAGUCGCGUCAGCACCGUCGAACUGAAAACAUCGCGACUUUGGUCGGCAAACCCGAAGCCAGAAAGCAGAAACGCAAACAUCGAAAUAUCACGCAUACGCCGCGUUGAACCGAAAAGAAUUGCAAGUGAAGUGAUACCGAAAAGAGUUUGCCGCCUUGGCUCGUUAGUCGAAUUUUUUGUUGCCUUUUUGGGCAGUUUACGAGCGGCUCAGCAUAAAUUGCUGGUCCCCACAUAAACCCCCGCCCCCCGCCCCCGGUACCCGUUUCUCAUUCGCACGGCCGUAAUGAGGCAAUGAGUCGUCGGGCAGCCGGAAAAGCAACAGCGGGAAACUCAGCCGAGGAGCCAUGACAUCUGGAGUCUGCCGGAGUCUGGAGCUUUGGCCUCUGCCCGAGUGAACACCCCCGUUCCAGCGAUGCUGCGCGAUAUCUUCCUGUAUUUAGUUCUAAUCGUUUUAUUUUGCUUCAUUUUCAUGGCGCAGUUAAUCGUCAACGUUUACGCGUUCCAGCGCCAGCCGUCGCCUCAAAAAGCGGAGCGCAAUGAAAUUAUAUUUGUCUAGAGAGGAGACAAGCACCAGCCACCCACAAAGGCGCCCGAAAGACACAGAGAGUAAUGGCGAAUUUUCAGAUUGAAAACGGAUCUCACUAAAAGGUCUCAUCUAAAGACAGAAAUACGAAUCAUGGUAUCGAAAAUGUAUCUCAUAGAAUACAAGGACAGUUCGCGGGAGAGGCGACUGCAUCUUCCAAAUCGCAAACCCCUCAAUUAUUAUUUUAUAACGUAUUCCUCUCAGUAAGUCAACGUUUUUAUGAACUGUAGGAACAGACUCCCCUUCUUUUUCAGUGCACUCUUGGCACAAAAAAGGAGGGCGGAAAAUGAAGACGCUACAAAAGCAAAGGCUACAAGUCAAGUCGCGGUGGUUUCCAUUUAAUAAGAAAAGGAACUCAACUAGGUUCAACUCUCACUCGAGUGGGAAAAGUGGUGAGGAAAA